AUGGCACUUGCAAGGAAUUACCGUCCCUCGCUUGUGCAAAUCCUUGCACUUCGUGAUCCAGACCUGCCAAGGCACCGACCAACAGACCCCUUCAGAACGGCGGCGCAGAACUUGAAGCAGGGCGAGCCACUGGACUUCGAUGGUGCCCAUGCGGCCCAUGUCCUGAACCGGAUGAUGAGCAGUACUCCUGCUACCACACCAACAACAGCCCCGACAACGAUGGCCGCGGGCUCAGAGCCUGUGCCACCGCCGCACGCUCCAAGUUGCUUGACCGCCGCACGCUCCGAGUCGCUUGACGAUGCACUCGGCCGUUCCCUGGCGCUCCAUCUGGAGCAGCAGCUCGGUCUACAUAACCCCCCGGCUGCCCGAUUGACGACCAUCAACUCCGUCGGCCCGUUGCCAGCCUGCUUGCUGCUCAUCCCGCCCCCCACUGAUUUUGUCUCCGUGGGCACUGGUGCCCCCAACACUCAGGGCCACAGACUCGGUGUUAACCAGCCCCUGGCUGACGGCCUAGAUGCUCAUCGACCCGCCCGAGCAGAUCCUCGGCGUCGCUGUCGUCCUCCACCAUCGCCAUCGACAACAACUGUGGGGGACGAGACAGACUCAGAACGGCUUCAGACCCUGUGCAAAAACCUCAAGUCCAAAAACACCCUGCUCUCCGACUCCGCAGGCGACCAUUUUCGGACGAUCCGCAAGCUAGACACCGACGUAUCAUCAGAGAUCCUCCCUCUUCCUCCCUUGUCGUCACCGACGUCGUCCAACGCCGUCGCCUGCCCCGUCCCACUUGCCAUCUCCCCGCGCGCCCCAGGUUGUGCCCUGCCCCACAAAACCCCCCAUCAUCCCCAUCCAACCAAGGUCUUCAGAUAG